GCUUGCCUUGGCUCUUUUAAAAGGCAGAGCCACAGAGAAGGCGGUGUUCUGGGAGGAACCAAGGAGAAACCAAUGAGCAGCCCCUAUUAGGCCUAGGUCAAGUGUGCUGGUCCAGAAAGCAGCCUGCAAGCACCAGGUAUGAAGGGUCUGGGGUGGGAGAAGGCUGGUCCCCGCUGACGCCCAGCCCUUCCAGGUUAUGGUCCCUGCGAUGCUCACCGGCUACAUGUCCCUGAGAGGAGUCUCUGCGUGGUUGCUGAGCCGGAAGCUCGGCCUGCGCUUCUCGCGUGUUCCACGUACGUGGAGCUCGGCGGCCGCGCACACCGAGAAGACACAGACCCGAUCGGUCAAAUCCUCUCGUCCUGUGUUUGACUGGAAGGACCCACUGGUCCUGGAGGAGCAGUUGACUGCCGAUGAGAAACUCAUCAGGGACACCUUCCGUAACUACUGCCAGGAACGACUUAUGUCUCGAAUUCUGCUGGCCAAUCGAAAUGAAGUUUUUCACAGGGACAUUGUAUAUGAGAUGGGGGAGCUGGGCGUGCUGGGACCCACCAUUAAAGGGUAUGGCUGUGCUGGAGUGUCAUCGGUGGCCUAUGGGCUCCUGACUCGAGAGCUAGAGAGAGUGGACAGCGGCUACAGGUCGAUGAUGAGUGUUCAGUCCUCCCUUGUCAUGCACCCCAUCUAUACCUAUGGGAGUGAGGAGCAGCGACAGAAGUAUCUGCCCCGACUGGCCAAGGGUGAACUUCUGGGCUGCUUCGGACUUACAGAGCCCAACCAUGGGAGUGACCCAGGCAGCAUGGAGACCAGAGCUCGCCACAAUCCAUCAAACAAGAGCUACACUCUCAGUGGGACCAAGACCUGGAUCACCAACUCCCCUGUGGCUGACCUAUUCGUAGUGUGGGCUCGGUGUGAGGAUAACUGUAUCCGGGGCUUCCUGCUGGAGAAGGGGAUGCGGGGCCUCUCAGCCCCUAGGAUUGAAGGAAAGUUCUCCUUGCGGGCCUCAGCUACUGGUAUGAUCAUCAUGGACAGCGUGGAAGUGCCCGAGGAGAAUGUGCUGCCUAAUGUGUCAAGCCUGGCGGGCCCUUUUGGCUGCCUUAACACUGCCCGAUAUGGCAUCACAUGGGGUGUGUUGGGAGCUGCUGAGUUCUGUUUGCACACAGCUCGGCAGUAUGCUCUGGACAGGAUCCAGUUUGGAGUCCCCUUGGCCAGGAACCAGCUGGUUCAGAAGAAGUUGGCAGAUAUGCUCACUGAGAUCACACUGGGCCUUCAUGCUUGUUUGCAACUUGGCCGUCUAAAGGAUCAGGACAAGGCUACUCCAGAAAUGGUCUCCCUGUUGAAGAGAAACAACUGUGGGAAAGCCCUGGACAUCGCCCGCCAGGCACGAGACAUCCUGGGAGGAAAUGGGAUUUCUGAUGAGUACCAUGUGAUCCGGCAUGCUAUGAAUUUAGAGGCAGUGAACACUUAUGAAGGUACACAUGACAUUCAUGCUCUGAUCCUGGGGAGAGCAAUUACUGGGAUUCAGGCAUUCACAGUUGAAAAAUGAACCCACUUCAACAGAGAAAUACUUUGCUCAAGAAGUAAUGGA